AUGGGAAGUGGUGUGAUAUUCGAACCGGUGAAGGAAACGUUCGAAGAUCUUGCGCAUCAUGUUGGGCAGCAAGAGUCUCAUCUUGACGUCUCUUUCUUUCUUUCUUCCUUUCUUUCUUCCUUUCUUUCUUUUAUAGUUUAUUUCCCUCUUUCUUUCGUUCCUUUUCUUUCUUAUUUUUUCGCUUUUUCUUUCCUUUUUUUUCUUUCUUUCUUUAGUAUUUUCUGUUUUUGUUUUUUCUUUCAUUCACUCAAGUCUCGACUUUGUCAUUUCUUUCUUUCUUUCUUUCUUUCUUUCUUUUACAGUUUAUUUACCUCUUUCUUUCGUCCUUUUUCUUUUCGUUCCUUUCUUUCAUUCACUUUUCUACGUAGCCGUUCCUUUCUUUCUUUCUUUCUUUCUUUCUUUCUUUCUUUUUUACAGUUUAUUUCUCUCUUUCUUUGGUAUCUUUUCUUUUUUUUCUCUACACUUUCCUUUUUCUUCUUUUUUCUUUCUUUCUUUUUUCUUUCUUUUACAGUUUGUUUCCCUCUUUUUGUUCUUUUUCUUUCUUAUUUUUCUUUCCUUUUUGUUCCUUUCUUUCAUUCACUUUUCUACCUAGCCGUUUCUUUCUUUCUUUCUUUCUUUUUUUCUUUCUUUUACUUUUGUAUGCAUUUUGCGUCUCGUUACCCACCAAGUUGUGUUUCUUUGCUUCAUUCUUAUCUUCAGGGACUAGAUAAGCAUCGACAUAUCUGCGAAGCCUUGACAUUUCUUUCUUUCUUUCUUUCUUUCUUUCUUUCUUUCUUUCUUCAUUUAACUUAG